CAGAAGUAACAGUUACUGAAUUCAAAGAAGACAGACGUUGAGACGCGAUAGAGAGACAACAGGCUGCUAGGUUCAUUGAAUGUAUUCAGUUAAAGUUCAGCUACCAAAAUGGAGAUCCAAAAAGACCUCAAGAGGAGACGACCUCGGAUGGAGAGUUACGACCAAAAGCUGGAACAGCGGGCAGCAAAACAUGAGUUCUUGAGAGAUCGCAACAAUGUGACGACAUGUCGCAGCCCAGGACACAAGCUGGAGGCCGACUGGAAGAGUGAGAUGCAGCAGAAAAGACAGAUGGAGUUCCAGAGAAGGAGACAGUUUGUCCAGGCUGCCACUCCUCAGGCUGAUGAAAAGGAGUCAAAUAAGGAGACCAAAGUCACGAUGAGGACCAACAGGCAGAGAGUGCCUCUUAUCCACAGACAGUCCCUUAUAUCAGCAGAGACACUGGGGAUCACCUGGCCAGACGUACACUCCAUCAGGAAGGCAUCGUGGAUCACCUCACCACCACAGCAAGGGACAGGAGGUACAAACAAAACAGGGAAGCUUCACUCUGACUUCUCACAGACAUUCCCUCACACUUCACAGCAGCCUACACUAAGGAAGUGUAUGGAUAUCAGAGAUAGAGUAGUUCAACGGGAGAAGAGUGGCCUGGUAAGCAAUCAGCUCCAACAGAGGAAUGCUUGCUGUCAGACAGAGCAUGGCUAUAUCACCGUGAAUGAGGCAGACCUCCUUCAACUCGCAGAGUAUCUACAGGAGGCUCUGUGGCGAGAAGAUUCUCUGAAACAGAAGCUGGCUCUACUGCAGCACACCACCUCUACUAUACUGCUCUCACAUGACAAUGUCUGGAAGAUCUGUUGUAAAGAGGACACGAUGAAGGGAAAGAUUGGGGCACUAGAGUCACAGCUGAAGAUCUGUGUACAGAGGCUGUCUAGGGAUGGAGCCAAGAUGCUGCUGCUACAGUCGGAGCAGCAGAGACAGGAGGUGGAGGAGAUGGCCGUGGCCGCGCUCCAGAGGGUCACUGAUCAGACGACCAAGGCCCAGGAGAGGGCUCACAGCCUGGAGAUGGCACUGCAGACAGCCCAGGUUCAGUCAUCACAGUGGAGAGAGCGCUAUGAGGAGGAGAGGAUCAAAUGCACCCAAAUGAGGAAGUCUCUGGUGCAGAACAUUGACCAUAUAAACCUGUUACAGAGCCAGCUCGAGAGAGUGAUGGGACAGGAGGAAACUCUGAAGAGCCAGUUGCUGCAGCACCAACACACUGAGGCUGAGCUCCACCUCAAGAUCAGCCUUCUAGAGGAUAACCUGCACAGCUGCAGGACACAACAAGACACAUGGCGACAGCAGCAGCAAGACACCAAGAAACAGCAGGAGAUUGUCAAAGGACGGCAACAGGACUCCAUAGAGCAUCCCUUAGAUGAGCAGUUUCAUCCAGCCAUGUCACACCACAGCAACAAGAAGCAAAGCAUGAUGGAAGCCAACGUCCAUAGGCGAGAGAGACGCUGUUGUCCCUGGUUUAUCCUGCUGUCUCUGUUCCUGGUAGUCACGGUGGUGGCCAUUUUGACGUUGUUAUUGGCCGAUAUCCCCACAACAAGGAAUCAGCUGUGGGACCUUUACCAAGUACUACAAGAACACACAGAGAAGUAUCUCUAUGACAUUACCACAGCAUUGCUAUAGGCCCAUAUGACAAGACCUGGGAACUGGACAAACCACUGAAGAACGUGCUCUGAGGGUUUUGGGAAAUAUGUUUAUUGCAUUUUACUUGUAAUGUUUUCUGUAUAGCGCAGUCAACAUUAUAGCGAAGGAUAUCUAUCAUCCAUUGAAAAUGUCAUCUUGAAGUAAAUGUGUAUUUCUAA